GAAAUGAAAUCGGCAACGAGAAGGUAAGAAAGAUGACAAUAGUUGCUCUAAAUGUCUUCUCUUACAAACUCCCCGGUACCUUCGGAGGCACAGUUUUUAACUUUAUUUGUUGAAAAAUCUGCUUAUAGUAGUAUCAAUGACGGUACCAGUGGUAGGUUUUCCAGUUCCAAGUCAACAAUAAUUGCAUUUCUUAUUUUGACCUUGUCAAAUAUCAUCAAUUCAAUAAAAAAAUGAUGGAAAAUGACUGUAUCAAAUAGUCUAAUAAACUGUUCAUCACCCCUACCAUAGAGAAUCACACAAACCAUUCAUCAUGUUUUUACUCAUAUAUCAGCUCCUCUUUCUGUCAUUCUUCAUUAAAAUUCAACUCCUUCUAGCAUCAGCUAAUUGUCCAUCUUCAAUAAACUGCGGAUAUCUCGGACAAAUCUCAUUUCCUUUCACAACCACACAACACCCAAACUGUGGCAUGCUAAUCAUACACGGUUGCGACGACACAGAACCACAGUCCAAAAAAACCAUCCAAAACAACAAAACAUGGUUCGAUAUCACCAAAAUCGAUCCCUACACUAUCACAAUCAAAGAUGACGAUCUCCACGACAUACUGCUGAAAAAAAGUUGCGACAUUCUAAACUACAACUCUAAGUUUACUGUCAACACGCCUUUGGUUUCAUCUCGUUUACAGAAUUACGUAACUGUUUACGGAUGCAACAGCAGCAACACAGUCGAUCUUCAACAGUACUAUUCUGUUUCUAAUUCUACUUCCAUCUGUAGAAACGAGAACAACUUUAGUUUGAAUGGUGUUUCAGAUUCGGAUAUUAAGAGUAAUAAAGCUAUUGUAGUUAUAACUGAUUUUGUUUCUUCGAGUUCGAAUCAUCUCAGAGGAUGUUCGAGGGCUCAGAUUCCAACGAGUUUUGAGGUUAAACGUCUUGAUCCGGAUGGACUUUUUAACUCUUUAAGUGAUGAAAUUGCUAUCAAAUUACAAGUUUCUCAGAAUUGUUCUACUUGUCAUGAUCUUGAUGGAGGUCAAUGCCGUCUUGAUGACUACGGCCAGUUUUAUUGUCAACAAGAUAAUUCUAAAAAGACCCGUCUUAUAGUGGUUGCAGUUGCAUCUUCUGCCGGAGUACUUGUAGUUCUAGCAAUUUUGGGUUGGUUCUUGAGAAGGCGAUUUUUCAACGAUAAAAACCCUCCAUACCAAAUAAUUGAGUUGUUUCUUAAAAACCAUGGUCACCUUGCAGCUAAGAGAUACAGUUAUGCAGAGAUAAAGAAAGCAACAAAUUCAUUCAAAAACAAACUCGGUCAAGGAGGAUAUGGCAGCGUAUACAAAGGAAAAUUACAAGAUGGAAGUCUCGUGGCAGUUAAAGUAUUAAGCGAAUCCAAUGGUAAUGGUGAAGAAUUCAUCAACGAGGUUGCUAGUAUUAGUGUCACUUCUCAUGUUAACAUUGUUAGUUUAUUAGGAUUCUAUCUAGAAGGUUCUAAAAGAGCUUUGAUAUAUGAUUACAUGCCUAAUGGAUCACUUGAGAAGUUCAUAUAUGAAGACAAAGAUCCAUUAAAGCUAAAUCUUCAAUUGAGUUGCAAAACUAUCUACAAUAUUGCAGUUGGAGUAGCUAGAGGAUUAGAGUAUUUGCACAAGGGUUGCAAUACUAAAAUCUUGCAUUUUGAUAUAAAACCUCACAAUAUACUGUUAGAUGAUGAUUUUUGUCCUAAGGUUUCAGAUUUUGGACUUGCAAAAGUAUGUCCAAGAAAAGAUAGUAUUAUAUCUUUAUUGGGCACCAGAGGUACAGCAGGAUACAUUGCUCCUGAAGUGUUCUCUAGAAAUUUCGGUGGUGUAUCUCACAAAUCUGAUGUUUAUAGCUAUGGAAUGAUGGUUUUAGAAAUGGUUGGGGGGAAACAGAAUAACAAUGUCGUUGAAGUUGAACGGUCGAGUGAAAUUUAUUUUCCACACUGGGUUUACAAGCGUCUUGAACUGAAUCAAGAUCCUAGAUUGCGUAGCAUUAAAAGUGAAUUUGAUAAACAAAUUGUUCAAAAGAUGAUUAUAGUAAGCUUAUGGUGCAUCCAAACUGAUCCAUCACAUAGGCCUGCAAUGAGUAAAGUGGUUGAUAUGAUGGAAGGUAGCUUGGAAUCUUUGCAAAUACCACCAAAACCUUGUCUCUUUUCACCUCCCAGGUCUCCCUCAAGAUCAUCAGAUUAUAACACUCAUAGUACAUUUCAGGAUUUGUAUCAUUCAGGCUCACUUCAAACCACUGAUUCUGAACCUCUAAUCAUUCUGCCUCAAGAGAGUUCGUGGGAGACCUCCAUCCCCAGAAGAGAAUGAAACAAUAUUGUUAUCAAAUGCAAAACUCGGACAAAAAAAGUAUGUUAGUUAUAAGAUAUAAAUUAGUUACAUUAGUUAGUUGAGCUAGUUAGUUAAUUAGUUAGAUCAGGUGGUUGUUCUUAGUCAAACUAGUUAGAUUAGUUAAGUUGUUUUUAUUAGCUAUAUAAAUCUUAUACUUCAUGUAAUUAACAAUAUCAUUAUCUCAUUAUUCAAUACAUUUUUCUAUUCUAUUGAAGAUGAAGAAGAUAUUGGAGUUUCUUGAUUGGUGACUUGAGAAAUUUCUUGAAGAGAAAUGUUUAUAUUGGUGAAGGAAUUUUCUAGUGUUAAAAAGAUUUGUUAAUAUCACCAAACAUUCUUUAUAAAGAAGUUUAUCUAUUUUAUGAAUAUGGAAUUGGAUGAACAAUAUAAAACAAUUCGAUCACAAGUAUUGUGAAUGAGUUGCUUUCAAGCACAAAAAAAUUACAUACUACCUACACAAGUUAAUGAAGAACCUAAUACCUUAAUCAAAAGGAAGAGACUUUUGAUCACAGGUCACGAGCAGACAACAACUUAGCCCCUUAGUUCAUUACUAGUCGACCGUGGAGGUUCCUUUUGUAGUCCACAAUUCCUUUUUCAUACUCGGUCUGAGAAAUCUUGAUGCACAAUGCAUCUCCUUUGGCCGUGGGAGAAGGAAGUUGUCUGAUCUGAGUUUCACCUGAUUCAUGUAAUACUUGUGCAAACAAACAAGGUUGAUUCGGAGAAAGCUGUGGCUUCACCGGAGAAGGACGAUCAUGCACUGCCGUGUCAAAUGGCAGAUGUGCUGCAGCAGCAAAACCCAAGCUCUAGCAGUGGGUGCGAAAACUGUGUUCGGCUAAACCUAGGUUUUCACAUAUAUGUACAAACAAGGUUUCUAUGCAAGCCAAUUUUCAGUAUGUGAUCUGCCGUUGCAAAUUUGUUCUUGUUUAAAAGCAUUACAGGCUUGUAAUAUUUUGCUCAGUGAGACAUGCUCAAAAACUAUUUA